UCUCUCUCUCUCUCUCUGUUCCCUCCCCCAGGCUGAGGAGGGGGAGAUUAACCUGACUGUGAGAGUUGUACUUUAAAACAGCACGGCAGGCAGAGCACUCACUCUCACCCAACUGGGAAAGCAGAACUGGUAUACUAAGAAGACACAGCUGCAACACAGGACGCUGCUGGUGGAUCUUUGUAGACCUGCCUGGGAUUUUUUAAGUUGUUUACAAACAGAGAAGAAUAUCUCAGUGAAGUGCAGCCAAGUGAGAACCCAGACCUCUGAGAGAGUGUGUGAGAGAAAGCAGCACUAGCAGAGCAUUGGACUGGGCAAGAUGGACACUGGCCCAGCGUUGGCACUGGCAGGUGAGGGUCCUCCAGAAGGUGAGACGGUAUGUGCAGCCUUGGCACGUUACGAGACCACACUGCAUGAUGCUGUGCGUGAGAUCCACGUGGAUGUCAGUGCUUUCAAGCUCGGUGUGGAGCGGCGCCUGGAAGAAGCGCUGCACAUGAGCGGCCCGCUCGGCCGAGCCGUGGCCCAGUUGCAGCAGGAGAACCGGCAGCUCCGUAGUCAGCUGGAGGCCCUUACGCGCCAGGUCGAGAUGCUGACAGGCACAGUGUGUGACAGGAGUGCUCUGCUGGGUUCAGGAUCAAUGCCAACCCGCCCCCAAAGUAGCCCAGCAGUAGCCCAGUCACCCCUUUCACCCAGCAGUGCGACAACCCCCAGUGGCUCGGCCUCCAGCCCCAUUGCCACGCGCUUUUCCAGCAGAGCUACCUUCUCUGUCAGCAGCAAGACCAAUAGUAUUGAGCGAGAUGAGCCUAUCGAGGUGGAUCUAGCUCCAGCCUCAUCUAAAUUGGAGAAUGGACACACAUCCACAGCAGAAAACUCCACUGUGCCUGCAAGAGAGAGUUCUCCACCUAUUGGUGUGUCACGACAAAACUCUUCCCCUGUAUGUAUGGCGAUGCCACACUUGCCAAUCACUGCCACUACCAAGAUCGCUGAUUCUUCUGGCCUGAAGAGCCCUGAAUCACCAAGCAGCCCAAUGCAGACACUGCCAUCUGUAACAAAUACACAGCCCGACAGCCAACCAGCUUCCAAUAACAAUGAACCACAACUUGAAUCUCCAGUUCAUGCAGUGUCUUCUGUGAAAACAUGGACUCCGAGUCCAGUGAGGACAAUGGGCUAUUCAGGUAUCAACGAGAAAAUGUCUUCUUCUGUGCCAUCUAAAUCUGUGGCUUAUUCAGGUUACUCUGCGCUCAACCAGCAAAACACAGAAAGGAAUGCAGAUAUUGCAGGAGAGCUGUCCUUCGGCAGGGGCAUGGAGCGCAAACGUGAGCUCGUGAGGUCACAAACUCUCCCCCGCAGCAUUGGGGCCCAGGCACGCAGGUCCAUUUUUGAGCGACUGGAUUCUGAGAAUAACAGUCAAACCAAACCGGUGGACUCUAAGCCCAAGUUGAAGCGCUCUCAGAGCUUUGGCGUGUCCAGCGCAAGCAGCAUCAAACAGAUUCUUUUAGAGUGGUGUCGCUCCAAAACUAUUGGAUAUCAGAACAUCGACAUCCAGAACUUUUCAUCUAGUUGGAGUGAUGGCAUGGCUUUCUGCGCUUUAGUCCACUCGUUCUUCCCCACGGAGUUCGACUACAAUACCCUGUCCCCUACCGAACGCAAACACAACUUCGAACUGGCCUUCAGCACUGCAGAGAAGAAGGCCGGUUGUGACAGACUCAUUGAGGUGGAGGACAUGAUGGUGAUGGGCAGAAAACCUGACCCCAUGUGUGUCUUCACCUACGUCCAGUCUCUCUAUAACCACCUGCGCAAGUUUGAGUGAGCCAUCUUAUAAAGUUUGAGACUUUUUUCUGUCCAGAAACUGCCAGAAGUACUACACUGCCCCCUGAUGGACUGGAUGGGACUCCACUUCAGCAUAUGAUGACAGAGAGAGGUGAAAGAUGAGGAGGAACACCUGUGUGAUUUGCUCUCGUUUAAUAUGCCUCAUGUUUUGUGGUUAUGCUUUUACCAGGAAAGGCCCAGAAAGCCUAUUUAUUUCCUUUUUGUGUAGCUGUUAGUGAUAUUUCAGUACGGGGAAAGCUGAUGGAGGUUUUAUGCGUCGAUGUAUUUUUUACAAAAGGCAAAUAAUUUGAAGGAAUUGAACUUCACCUGCAAUGACGCCAGACUGCAAAGACACAAACUUUUCAAAACUCAGAGAUAGACAUGUACAGAAAAGCAUACAAUAUAUUCUAAGAAUUUAGACCACUUUUUUAUUUGCUUUUUAUUUAUCUUGUUAUAAAUAAUCUUGUGUGGGUUCAAGUACAGCAUAGUUCUUUUGUGUUUGUCCAUUAUAUUUGUCAUAAAACUUCACAAGUUUUGCCAAAGUCUUUACACCAUGAACAGCAAGUGUGUUUGCAUCCAAAACAAAUGCCACCUGGUAGUUUUAAAUGCUGUACAUUUUGGUAAGAAUAAAGCUGGAUUAACAGCAGUGGAUAUGGUUUAGUAUGUGUAACACUUCAUCUUUUCAGCACUUUUGUUUCUGCAUAUGUGUUAAUUUUCAGGGUGCAAACAAUUCCAUAUCGGACUUUAUGGAGUUUGAUUCAUAUUAAAGAAUGAUUACAAUUUGUUUUUAUGUGAUACUUACUGUAUGUACAUGCAAAACUACACUGAAAUAUAGCCAAUAAUUUAAAUUCUUAUGUAGGAGACACAGAAAUAAACAUACAAAACAAAUAUGAGAA